GCCUACCUUUACUCCGUCCUCACCUGCAGCAGAUAUAAUUGGUAUCCGGUACACCGUCUCCAGGUCCUCCCCUCCUUACUGUGUGUGUGCGUGUGUGUGCCGCCCGUACCUGGCCCCUUCCCCUUCCCGGCCUGUGAUCUCCAUGUGUGCCAACCAAAAGCGAUGCACACCACCAGAUGAUGGCCCUGAUGUCAGGCACCACACCCGCCCUGUCUUACAUCUUCGUUCUGACUUCCACUCCUCCUGCUCAGUCCUCCUUAUUCCCAACUUGCACUGUCUUGAUCUUACCCCAUCUGAAUGGACCGUGACCAGACCAGGUUUGCCCACUUCCGCCUGUCUCGCCUCUCCUCUCGUUGCUUCCCUCAACCUUACAAAGUCCAAGUCCAUCCCGCAUCCAAACCCUCCGCCGUUCCUGUCCCGACUUGACUUCCUUGUUCUUCCUCCCCUUCCAAGUUCCCGCCUCCACCUCUCCCACCAUCACCGAUCCCCUUUUCCCUGCCGCUUGCAGACAAGACAACCACAGACGAAACAAAUACUCGCCCACCUCCGUUCAGCUCUGCUUCCUUUCUCUCCGGCGCAUCAAAGAUACCCCUCUCUAUCUGUGCCUCGCUCCAUCCAUCUUUCGCGACCAAACCACCACCGGUCUUCUUCGACAUCAUCCAUCUUGCUUCUAGAGCAUUACAUAGCCAACCCAACUUACCGCCUUCUUAUCCACCACACAGCAUUACCCGCCUGCUUGGAUUACCACAUCGGUGUGACAAGCACCCUGUCAACACCGUCAACCACUAACCGCUGAUCAUCCUCCCUUUUUGGUCGACCACGAACCCAACCGUCUCCAGUCCCUGAUUGCGAGUCCUCUUUUCUCCCAUUCGCACCCUCACAACUUCGUUUUCUUUGCCUCUCCAAAGGUCCGCACUACACACGAAAUGGCACACAACAUGACCGACGCUGAGCUCGACCUCAACUGGCAGCCCAAUGGGCGCCGCCCGCAAUCGUGCGUACCAAUUGCCCGCCCCAGCUCACAAAAGCCCUUGGGAUUUACGUUGCUGA